GGUGACCGCGACCGGAAGUCCUGAAGCUAACUUUGCCUUGCGCGUCUCCUGCUCGGCUGGGGAGGGGGACUUGUUCCUCUCAUUUUCAAUGGAGAGUAACUGUUCAGAUAAAUAAUGAGGACCAGCCCUCGCAGGCCCUUAAUUCUCAAAAGAAGGAAACUGACCCUUCUACAGAAGGAGGUAUCCAGUACUUCAGGUAGAGAUGAGAACAGUGGUCACGAUGAAAAGACACCUAAGCAGGAGCACAGCCAGGAGGACCAAAAGGACAGCCAAUGCAGAGACAAAAUAGACUGUGGCCUGCAGAAAUUUCCAGCGGGAAUAAAGAUAAUGAACCAUCCUACCAUGCCCAACACACAAGUGGUGGCCAUCCCUACAAAUGCAGAUAUCCAAAGCAUCAUAGAGGCCCUGACAGCAAAAGGAAAAGAGUGUGGCAACAAUGGGCCCAAUAAGUUCAUUCUCAUUAGCAGUGGGGGAACUUCUCGUUCAGCAGGUUUGAUACUAUCACAGCACCUUCCCUCAGUGGAGAAACCUGGCACAGUGACUAGGUCUUCGAAUAGUCAAGUAAGAGAGAAGAAUAUUUCACAGACACCUGAAAUUGCAGGUGGAUCAAUGGACUGGCAUUCAGGAAUUGAUUCUUCAUUUGCACAGAAACCGGAAAACAGCAGUGGUGAGACAACGAGCUCUGUGCUGGAUAAUAGUCUCACUAACAUCCAGUGGCUGGGGAAGAUGAGAACUGAUGGACUAACUCCCUGUUCUGUGAAGCAAGGCACGGAGAAAGAGAACCAGAUGCCACUACGGGGAAGAAUCAAGACUGAGAAUUCUGCUGCUGUUGCCAUUCCCUCCUCCUCAUGGCAGGAUUCAGUAUCAGAACGACCUCCAUACUCCUACAUGGCCAUGAUCCAGUUUGCCAUCAACAGCACUGAGAGGAAGCGUAUGACUCUGAAAGACAUCUAUACCUGGAUUGAGGAUCAUUUCCCAUAUUUUAAGCAUGUGGCUAAGCCAGGUUGGAAGAAUUCUAUUCGGCAUAACCUGUCCCUACAUGAUAUGUUUGUCCGUGAGACAUCUGCUAAUGGUAAAAUCUCAUUCUGGACUAUUCACCCUGAUGCCAACCGUUGCCUAACAUUGGACCAAGUGUUUAAGAUGAUCUCUGUAUUUGGAGGAAAAAAGAAAAGGGUGCUGUGGCUUUUGCUGCUGGAGCUUCUUUGGGAUGCAUUCAUUCUUCAGCCGCUGGACUUGGGGUCAACAUCGUCUGAGCACUCUGAAUCACAGCAAAAGCAACAUGUUUCAGAUCCCCAGAAGAACAUGGGAAGCAACAAUAGCAGCAAAACUGAAUCCCAAAAUGCACGACGAAAGAUGAAGCCUUUGCUUCCUCGCAUCAACUCCUACCUUGUUCCGAUCCAGUUUCCAAUGAGUCAGCCUCUCGUCUUGCAGCCUUCUUUGAAGGUUCCUCUAUCUACGGUACAGGGAGCAUCCCACAACAGCUCAGAGACCUUCCGGAGCAAUAAACGUGUGCGCAUUGCUCCAAAGAUGUCGCUCUCUAUUGAAGAGUCAUCCUCUUUACCCAUAGCUGCGGCAAAGGAGGAGAGCCAAUUUGAUGAAGGAUUUUUUUCCCCAACACAUUGUCUGAAGGAGAACAACUGUCAGCUUGGUGAGGAAUCAUCUUCUUUCCCUGAGGCACUCUGCAUUAAGGAAGAGGAAAGCUCACAGCUGGGGGACUGGCUGUCCCCUUUUGCUUCAACCAUAACUGUAAAGGAAGAGCCAGACUUGUUUGUCCCAGCCUCAGCCAUGACAGAGAAGAAAUGUUUCACUAUACUGAAGUCACCAUCUAAGGGUGUUUCUGACACAUUAGUUAUAAAGAGAUGUGAGAGGCGGGAAAUGAGCAGAUCCAGAAGGAAACAACACCUAGCACUGCCUUGCUCAGAAGAGCCUGUCGUCAUCUUUCCAGAGAGCAAUGAAUUUGAUCCUUUCCAGUUAGGGGCAGACCUCCCCUUACUGCAGGAAAACCAGCCUCUAGAGAAUGUAUCACAGCUGAGAUGCCUGCAGGAGGAAGAGGGGCCUUUUAAAACACCAGUCAAAGAGAUGUUCAACAAGUUGCCAGUUUCUUCCACUCCCUGCAAAGCAGCGACUACUACCCCCCCACUAGGGGGCCUUGACCCCUGGAAGUCUGCAUCGUCAGCCAAGAGAGGUAAUGAGCUGGAUUUCAGUCCAGUGAGAACCAUUCAGCUGCCGAUCACAGCCUUCCAGGAGAACCAAGACUUGCUGGCUUUUAACAGCACGCCCCUUAAAAAUGCUCUCCCCGAGUCCUCUUGGGAACUGCUCAAUACAGAAUCCAACGACACAGCGCACGGCCCCCUCACGAGCUCUCCAUCUUUUAUUCACAAAUCUAGUAAGCAGUUGCCCCUUGAACUACCAGCCUCUAGUUUUACUGAAAACCGAUCGCUCAUGGAGGGCCUGAUUUUGGACACCAUGAAUGACAGUUUGAGCAAAAUCCUUUUAGAUAUCAGCUUUCCUGGUCUUGAGGAUGAAAACUUAGGAACAGACAUUAGUUGGUCUCAGCUUAUACCUGAACUGAAGUAAACUGUCCGGAAGACUGAAUUUGGCUUAUUUGGAUUUUACAGAAAGCACUCCUGAGAUCUAUUAACGUAAUGAAAAGCAGACAGUCUUUUUAGACAAUUCCUUCAUUCGUGGGAGUACUGACUCCUGCUAAGCUGGGAAACGGGCCGGUUGGCUGCUAUGAGCUGCCUGUUUGAGCUGCAAUGGACUAUUUAUGUGCGUCAAGAUAGAACCUCUCUAAUCUGGUGCUAGAGUGGAGUCCCUGGAGAGGGGUUAGCAUCUAGAUGGGCCCUGAACAGCCCUGGCUAAUCGAGGUAUGAGAGGAAACGGGUACACUCCUCAAUUAUGUCCAGUAGGAAAGACUCUGAGCACUUCUUCCUUCUCUGUCCUUACUUACUUUUACUUUGUUCUCAUCUUAUUAGCAUCUUCUGUGUAGGUUUAAUGGCUUUAAGCCCUGUACAUGCCUUAAAUUACUAGCUCUUUAUUACAAUGGUAACUUUAUUCUUGUAGCAUUGUUAGGGGAAUAUUUGAGUUGGCAAAUGAUUUAGCUUAGCGUUGUCCAUAUGUUCCACCUGCCCUGUAUUCCUCUAGAUGAGAGCCCAAACUACCAUUUUCUUUUAAUCCAAAGACACAUUGGCCUUGAAAGUUGCCAAGGCGGAAAUCUGAAGAAUCAUCUAUAUGUGACUGAGUGACUACUCAAGCUAAACAGAAAAAAAAUGGUUAACUGGAUUGCAGCAUGAAAUCUUGGUUCAUUUUUCCU